AUGCUUGAAACAGAUGAAAACACAGAAUUUUUCAGCACAGAAAUAGAAGUCUCAGCAGAGAGCGAGGAACCAAAUGGAAAUUUUAUACAGGUACCCGAAACAAAAGCACCUUCAGUUGUCACUCUGACCUUGGACCUUGUGGGUGGCCCUGCAGCCUCCCUGGCAGUGAUCACAGAGACAGGCCAUCUGACCACGCUGAGUCUGGAGGGACUUCUGGCCCUGACCCUGCAUCCCAGGUGCAGCAGCAGCGGCGGCGGCGGCGGCGGCGGCGGCAGCAGCGUCCAGAGGACACAGCCCUGCACCCCCAGGCGCGCCUGCUCCUCAGGGAGUGUGUUUUUGCAGGAUCUCUCUGAGAUCCGCUGCUGGGAGCCCUCCAGGAUCAAGGGCUCAGCGGUUAAGUUGGCGAGGCCUCGGCAUCCUGUCCCACUGGGUCCAGGACUCUCCAGCCUCUCCAGCUUUCUUCGGGUCAACCUGGAGACGAGCGCUGGGCCUCAAUUUCCUUCCUCAGGCCUAUUAACACAUGCUCUGAGCGGAGACCGAAGACGCAGGACAGGGCUAAAGGAGAAAUUACUGCGCUUCGCUUACACAACGAAACUCAACUCCAAGCUCCCCACCCCAUCCUCGUCUCCGCCCUUCACUAUGAAAGAGGACCCAACACGCCCACCACGGGCGAGCGGCAGUGACGUCAGCCUCAAGAGGCGCAUGCGCUGUGCUUUGGGUCCCUUUCUGCGCUUUUCCACCUACGGGCCGGACGGUCUCGGCGCGGCCGGAACUACAGUUCCCAGCGGCCCGUGCGGGGCGGUCUCGGUGCAGCUGGAACUACAGUUCCCAGGGCCCGCGCGGCGGGGGCGGGAGGUGAUAGAGUCUGUCCCUCCUGCUGGGCCUGAGGCAUCCGAGUCCACGGCGGAUGAAAAUGAAGAUGACAUUCAGUUUGUGAGUGAAGGACCUUUAAGGCCUGUCCUUGAAUACAUCGAUCUGGUCAGCAGUGAUGAUGAAGAGCCGAGCACCUCUCGCAGUGAUGGUAAUGUUGCGCAUAAAGACCACAUCGACCAUCAGAAGGACAAAGUUGCUUUAACCCUGGCUCGUCUAGCCCGCCAUGUCGAAGUGGAGAAGCAGCAGAAAGAAGAGAAGAACAGAGCAUUCAGGGAAAAAGUCGAUUUUCAGCAUGCCCAUGGGUUACAAGAAUUGGAAUUUAUUCGAGGACAUUCUGAUACUGAAGCAGCAAGACUGUGUGUGGACCAGUGGUUAAAAAUGCCAGGACUCAAAGCAGGCACAAUUAAUUCUGGAACAAAAAGUUCAUUCCGAAGAGGAGGCCAAAUACGAGUGUCUGGGAAACCAAUUUCAUGUCCCAUAAUGCACUGUAACAAGGAAUUUGAUAAUGGGCACCUUCUCUUAGGACAUUUGAAAAGGUUUGAUCACUCUCCGUGUGAUCCAACAAUUACGCUACAUGGACCCUUCAUCAGCUCUUUUGCCUGUGUAGUGUGUUAUAAUUUCGUUACUCAGCAGCAAUACAGGGAGCACCUUUUUGCUAAGGAAGCUGCAGAUGAUGGACAUAAAAACAGCCUUCUUCCUCAGAUUAUUCAGUGUUUUGCGUGUCCAAAUUGCUUCCUUCUGUUUAGCAGCAAGGAUGAGUGUUUGAAGCAUAUGUCUGGGAAGAAUCAUUUCCAUCAGAGUUUUAAACUGGGUGAUGACAAGGGGCUGGCACACCCAAUAUCAUUUCCAUCUUUUGCAAAGAAACUCUUGAUCUCUCUGUGCAAAGACGUCCCAUUUCAAGUCAGGUGUGUGGCCUGCCACCAGACGCUGCGUUCCCACAUGGAGCUCACGGCCCAUUUCAGAGUUCGUUGUCGAAAUGCUGGUCCUGUAGCUGUGGCUGAGAAGAGCAUUGCUCAGGUGGCAGAGAAAUUCAUACUACGAGGCUAUUGUCCACAUUGCAACCAUGCCUUUGUGGACGAAACCAGCACCCGGAAUCACAAGCAGAAUUCAGGACACACAGUCCGAGUCAUCACCUCGAUGGAAGAGUCAGUCCUGCUUUACUGCCACAGCAGCGAAGGGAGCAGACCUCAGUCAGACUUAAACCUGUUGCAAGAUCCAUCCAAGUUUUCAUCACUUAAAAGAACAAUGUCAGUUCAAAACUCUAGCUCACAAGAUUGCAGCACCAUUCCAAAAAAGAAGAUGAAUUUAGGAGGUAAAAGCCAUGAAGGUGUGGUUUCUGUUCAGCGGGCAAAGCCAGCUGUUAAGGCCUGGUUUUGUGAAUGCCAUCAACGGUUCCCAAGUGAGGAUGCAGUAGAAAAGCACGUGUUCUCAGCAAACACCAUGUGUUACAAGUGUGUGGUCUGUGGGAAGGUGUGUGAAGAUUCAGGAGUUAUCCGUUUACAUAUGAGCCGCAUCCAUGGAGGGGCACAUUUAAAUAAUUUUCUUUUCUGGUGUCGGACAUGCAAAAAGGAGUUAAGGAGAAAGGCGAUAAUGGCACAUGUGACCGAGUUUCAUAACGGACACAGGUACUUCUAUGAGACUGAUGAGGAGGAAGGGGAGACUCUGCCACCGUCCUCCGCAGCGGCGGUGAGCGGUUUGACUGCAGAGAGUCCUUCAUCUGUCACCAUUGCGGAUCACUCCCGGGCAAGCAGCCCCCCAAGGGGUAAGUGGCAGUGCCGGAUCUGUGAAGAUAUGUUCGAGUCCCAGGACGCUGCGAGGCAGCACUGCAUGUCUUUGGCAAGUCACCAGUUUCACAGGUACAGCUGUGCCCACUGCAAGAAGACGUUCCACAAGAGGGAGACGCUGUACCGGCACUGCCAGGACGAGCACGACAGCGAGGUGCAGAGCCGCUCUUUCUGCGGGCUCUGCGACCUGACCUUUGACGCGGAGGAAGCUUUUCUGAGUCAUUACAAGGAGCGGCACAGCACAGAUUAUGUGUUUGUGUCGGAGAAAACGGCCGUGUCGAUUAAAACCGAGAGCGACUUCCCGGUGGCGGAGACCAGCGGCCUGCUGACCUGCGGCUGCCGUGAGAGCUACAUCUGCAAAGUGAACAGGAAGGAGGACUACGGCCGGUGCCUCCAGGCCAUGCUGGACAAAGGCCGGCUGUGGUUUCGCUGCGGCCUGUGUUCGGCGACGGCGCAGAACGUGGCCGACCUGAACGUGCACGUGCAGCAGGCGCACGGCGGGGAGCGGGGCGCCGAGGCGGGGGGCCCGUGGUUCACGAUCAAGUGCGGCACGUGCACCAAGGCCUUCCAGGACCCGGAGAGCGCGCAGCAGCACUUCCACAGGAAGCACUGCUUCCUCCAGAAGCCCAGCCUGGCGCACUUCGGCUCGGAGAAGGCAAGCCCGUACACGUUUGCCGCCGGUGCCUCCCGUGCAGAGAGAAAACCCAAGCCGGCGGUGAGCCACCCAAAGAAUUCAGACCCGGAGCCGGGAGCCGAGAGUGAGCGAGGCGGCCAGAGUGUAGACGAAGACAUUGAGCUUCCAGAUUUGGAUUACCUGCGGACCAUGACGCACAUAGUCUUUGUAGACUUCGAUAACUGGUCAAACUUUUUUGGUCAUCUACCAGGGCAUCUGAACCAAGGAACAUUUAUCUGGGGCUUUCAAGGAGGAAACACCAACUGGAAGCCUCCAGUCAACUGUAAGAUCUAUAAUUACCUGAAUAGGAUCGGCUGCUUCUUCCUCCAUCCUCGCUGUAGUAAGAGGAAAGACGCUGCGGACUUUGCCAUAUGUAUGCACGCUGGCCGUCUAGAUGAGCAGCUACCCAAGCAGAUUCCUUUCACCAUCCUCUCAGGAGAUCAAGGCUUUCUGGAGCUAGAGAAUCAAUUUAAGAAGACUCAGAGGCCAGCACAUAUACUCAACCCUCACCACUUAGAGGGAGAUAUGAUGUGCGCCUUGUUAAAUAGCAUAUCUGACACCACCAAAGAGUGUGACAGUGAUGAUAACCUGGGUGUAGAAAGCGCUUCAGUGGGAGAAGAAUUCAGAUCUGCAGAAGAUGUGGAAUUAGAAGAAGCGAUUAGAAGAAGUCUUGAGGAAAUGUAAUUAAAGAUAUUACCACACAGCAUCAAGUGGCCUUGAAGAGACUCAGGAUAAUGAAGUCUUGAGUUUGUUUUCUAAAGGAGACCAGAAAUCUGCUGGUGCACAUGUAUUUGAAAACAUGCUUUUUUUGCUUUCAUAUGUUCAAAAUCUGAUACUGCUCUGUAUUUUUGUGCUAUUUUGCAAAAAUGUAUAGAGGAAUAGAAUACAUGUUAAUGCAGAUACAGACCAUGUGUUCCAAUACUGGUAUCACUGUUUCCCAGUUAAUUUUGAAUUCAUAUAUUUAGGUUUAAAGAAUUAAAAAAAAAAGAAGGAGCAGCAGCUCUUGACUAUUGUUUAUAUGUUUCCCAAAUAAAAUUGGUUCUUUAAUUUUAUUUAUACUGUACAGAUGAUUCUAGUUUAUUUUUUUAGGAGUGAAAAUGAAUAUAAAUAAAGCUGUCAUAGUUCACUUUUUCUGUAAAUUCAACUUCUGAUGUGGCACUAAUGUAUCAUACCUUUGAGAAUUUUGUAUAUGGUUAUUGAAAGGGAGCAAUGGAAACUGAUCAUGGAAACAGAUUAAAAAUUUUAUCAGCAGUGUUCUUUGUGGGUUUCACUCAGAGGUAUAUCCCUGCUUUAAUUAGAGCAGCACAUGGCUGGAAUUAAAAAAAAACCCUAAUUUCUUUGAAAGUAUUAAAAAGAAACUUUUUCCAUUCCUUUUCCCUGCUUAGACUUUUAUGUGACUUCUAUUAUCUGCUGUUUAAAGGGAAGGAUGUCAAAAUAUUUGCAUAGAAUUAAACUUACUUUUAAUAAUAUUAGCCCUUUAUAUAUAUAUAUUUGUGUAAACAUAGUAUUCUUCAGAAAAUAAUAUUGAAGUUCUACUCAGGAGUAAUCUCCCUUAACCCUUUAAAUUUUUAAUUUCAUAUGGAAAUAUCUUCAUUAUACUUAUUCAUUGUCAGUUUCCUACAGAUGAUAUUACAUAUUUAAUUUUUAAAUGUUGAGACCACAUUGUGAAUAAUAAAAAAUAUUAUAUAAUUAGAAGACUGAGAAGGGGCUUGUCAUACUAUCUUUGUGUAGAUGCUUCAUGUUAUUUGACCAGAAAUUUUGUGUAGUAAUUACUUACCAAACUUAAAAUUUUCUGUAAAUACAAAUUUUUCUUUAAGACAAAAAAAAA